CUGUGGGUCACCAAAAGCUGAGCAAAGUGCAAGUUGCAGCUGCCGCGGCGCAUAUGCAGAGACAGGAGAAGGGGAGUGGCGCUCUGUAGAGACUCCUCCGGAGCAGCAUUCCACAUUAUCAGGUGUUUGCCUGGGGGUUGCAAUUGCCCUGGGACAUUAAGGUUUUUGAAACUCAAAAGCUUGUGUUCCUAGCAGACCUCUGAACGGAGGAGCUGAAAGAGCAAGGCGGAAGGCGGGGGUUGAAAAGCCUGGAUCUGCUAUGCUUUGAGCUGCCCUUGAGCUGAAGUUCAGUUCUCCAGAUUAGGCAGCAGGUUUGGGUGGUGAAGCUCUGUGUGCUAGUGCCAGCUCCUCCUGGACCUAAGCACUUCUGCAUGAGCACAAGCAGAUUACAACCCUCAACCAUGAAACGGUUUUUCCCGGGCCGCGUCCGAGUUGGCCGCACCCAGGCUGAACCCUCCCCCCCCUUCCAAGCCCUCCUGCCUAGGGGCUGGGACGCUACCUCCCCCGCAGCCAACCACAACCCGCCACCUGGCUCAUCUGGGUGCAACUGCGAGAGCGUUCCAUUGGCCUCUCACCAAGGUGGCUGUUCUGUAGAGAAAGCUUUGAAGAAAAGAAACUCCGAAACAAGCAAGAAGUCGCGGCCCCGAUCGUUUGCUAGCUGGUUUGGGGCGGAGAAGAAAGUCGUGGCGUCUCCAAAACGGGGGGGCAAGGAGAUCGCAGAAUGCGACGUUGACGGCAGAUACUACAGCAAGAAGGCGGUGGGGGUUGAGCAGGGCCAGUGCCCUCAGAAGUUUCUCGAUGUUGAACAAGGCGGGGGGGGUGACUGGGAAACUGCUUCCUCGAGCAUGGCGCCCAAAGAGACGAUUGUGCGUCGGAAACUAGUUUUCCCGGGCCGGCCAGUGAUGAAGGCAUUCCAGUCGUGCCCAGUAGAGCCGAUCAGCAAGAUCCCCACAGUCUUGCCCUUUGUCUAUCCCCCCUCCAAAAACGGCAGCCCCGACGAAAACCGGGAACCCCUGUCCUUCGCUGGGGGGCUAGUAAUGCAGCCGCGGAAGGCGGCGCCUGGGGGGGGUGCGCGGCGAGAGGUCUUUGGUGUUUUGGAAGAGAAGCCCAGGGGCGGAGCUGCCCCCCUGCAGCGGUGCAAGAGCACGGUAAAUCUGUCCAGCUUUGCGCAGGGGGGGCAGAAAAGUGAGCCGGUUGCGGGGGGUGAACUGGGGAGGAUCAAGCGCCCCGGGACGCUGAAGCGGGUGGCGUCUCCAGUGGCGAUCCAAAGCCCCGGGGGGAAGUAUCUGAAGCGGUUGAACGAUGGGGUGGAUACCCCGGUUCUGAUUUUGAGCGCGCACAGUCACGGGCUGCCCAAAAUGCGGAGGAAGUCGGGGGAGGGCGUGAGGCGGCAAAGCUCGGGGUCGGCAGAGGGGUUGCUUCCGGGUCUGUCGCAGCUGAACAUAGGCCUGCGGUCGCCGGCGGAGGGGGUGUUUGACCCCCCAAAAGAUUCUCCCCCAAUCUGGAAACGACGAAGGGUGUCCUGCCCCAGGAGUAUUGCGGUGCCGAUGCCACCCCCACCCAUUUAUGCCUCUUGAUAGACUUACAGGACCGAUACAGGUAGAGAUUCAUGUUGAUGCUUCUGUUCAAAGUCAGGUAGUGUCAGUAGUGGCACGCACGGAGACGUAAAGGCACGUUGGAUCAUUGCCAUUGCUAAAUGAAGGUUGCGGACACGCGGCGGGGCUGUCAUGCCCGAAAUCAAGGAUCUUGAAGUUGAGGUUGCCAGAUCGAUCGGACUUGCUAGGUCAACGAGGUCGAUUAUGCAAGGUCUUAACAAUUGAAUGCGGGAAUCCAUGAAGAAGAUGUCAUCAGCUUUCAGAACGCCCCUUAUCCACAAUGAGCUGUAGGUAGGCGCUUACAUGGAGCAUCGUACAUGGAUUGCACAG